AUGCUAUCUAUUGAAGAAGAUGACUAUUCAGUGUCACGAGCAGCUGACGAGGAUCGUGGUAUCGAAGAAUUUUUAACACAGGUGACAUGGGCACCAACCAAGUCAUUGAAUAUUGAUGUUUCUACCAAUCCACCAACGAGAUUCUUAGACACGCUUCCCCCAUACUUUGAUCCAGAGAAUUUUGUUCAGCCCCCUCCGUGGUAUUCUGCGCUUGAAACGAGCACUGCAUUGGACGAAAACGACGGUCCAACGUCUUUUAACCACUCGCCAUCGAUUCUCGACUUCACAGGUGGCAAGCCCACGAAAAAACGGAACGCGAAACGCAAACUGUUUGAAUGAUGUUGUUUAAAUAAAUUUUGUGUAAAAUAAAAAAACAAGCGUGAUAUUUAAAAACAAG